CUGAAACUUUCACUCGUAACACAACCGCCUAACUUUAACUUGGCGUCCUGUCAACAAGAAAAAAAAAAUACUGUUGGCUGCUUCGAGGGUUUAUUGCUGCCUGUAUGUGCUCUUGACAAGCACAGGCGGCGAGCAAGCGCGGUUGCACCGAGGGAGGUUUCUCGCGUUGCGCGAGAAAGGCCGACCGCAACACGGGCCGCUCGUCGACUCCAUCGCCGCAAGACCUGCUAGGUUCGAGGUGGCCCAGGGCGCGCCGCAAAGGCUAUCAUCCUCGGGCACCGACACCCAGAUACCAAUGCCCCAUUGUAGACGAUGCAAAGGGUCAGCGGCGCUGGACAAGCCGCUAUUCAAAUGCGUCCAAUGCAGCAGGUAUUACCAUUCCGCCUGUCACCGUCCGCAUCCACGAGAUCCCAUUAGCAGCUGGGUCUGCAAGCGCUGCCUUGCCGGCCAAAAAGGCCAGAUUAAACCUCGAAACUUUUAUCAUGACAACUCGCUGCUGUCGUCGCGGGCCGCCUCUCCCAGCUCCCCCAUUUACGGCUUUGAAGACCCUCGCUGCACCAGGAUGUCUCCGUCUACUACCGCUUCGACCAAGUCCCGCAGCUCUUUCACAAGCCCGCGGAUUGAUCCCGGCGCACCUAUCAUUAACUGCUCCUAUCCCGGAUGCCCCGCCAAGAUUGACGGAAAACGCCAGAUCAUGUGCGAGGCGCAUCUGCAUGUCAUGUCCAAUACUGACAAGUACCGGGAUUUUGCCCAGGAAAAUGGCACACACACGGCACAGGCCCCCAAGGGCACUUUUGGCAUCCCUCUUCAGACUCUCUCAUCGACGAAUCCAAGGCAGCUCUUACCCGACACUGCCAAGGACCGGCCAAUCACAGGCCGCAAACCGGCUGGGAACCCGCCGCAUGCCCAACAACAGCCCCCGCCGAAGCAUAGCACGUUCCCUUUCCUUCGCGGCGAGUCGGUCAUGACGCCGACCUCAGUCAGGCCUCUGGCUCCUCGGCCUCCUGCACACUUGCCCACCGCAGGUCCGGCAGCAGCCUUGCGUGAUGGGGAGCCUAUGAGGAAACGGCCAAGACUAUCGCCAGCCCCAGGCCAAACUCCGAACGUCCAAGUGAAUGGGGCGGUACAGGUACCAUCCCUGCCUUCGCCCGCGGACUCUGUCUCCAGGAACGGACCGCAGUCAUCCCAACCUGGAAGAGCUAGGGAGGCGGAGGUCAAGAGUAGCCCAAAGCAGAGUUUCAGGCAUCCUGUGAGGAGAAUGCCGCUUGAACUGUCCAGCUUGCGGUUCAUCGAUGACCCAGAAGAUCGCCCUCCAGGCAUGGUGUCCGAACAGUCUGGCCCUGGUGUGCGCAGCGCCGGCGGGAGCGAUUUCCGGAAAGAGUCCGGGGCGUCAGACUGGUUACCCAACGGGAAUAUCAGAGACCACACAGAGCGAAAGACUAGCAGCUCUGCCUCAUCUACAACUCUUGCUGCAUCUAUAGACUCAGAGGGGGCGAAACAGAGGCCAUUAGAGUUGCGGAGCGGGCAGGAUCCAACGCUUUCGCCUGACAAGACAAAACUGGGUGCCCAACCCGGUCAUGAGCCUAACCGAGCAAACGGCGUCGCCACUUCCGAACCGCGCCCUGAGGGAGCUCGGGUCCCCAUCCGGCCUGUAACCACCGCUACAGCCCACCCUAUUCAGGCCCGGAAAACAAAGGAGAUAGACAUUGAUUAUUUCGACGCCCUCAUCUACUCCCAACCAGGCGCCUCAUCCCCGCCACCCAACGUUGACCUGGUCCUUGCGGCCGUACCACCACCACCACCACCACCACCACCACCAUCAUCAUCAUCAUCAUCAUCAUCAUCCGGGCCCACGCCUCAGACAGUAAAAGAAACUGUACCACCAGAAGAGAAAGAUGAACCUCUGUAUCUGGACAUCGACCCGCGCAUCCACUGGCCGCAACCGCACUCGGCAGCCUGGCACGCGAGAAAGCAAAAGGAGAUUCGAGCUCGUGGAAACAGGAAGGCCAACUUCGGCCGUGCCGCUCAGUCCCUGCGGAGACAGCGCCGGGAAAGAGAGAAGGCCGGCUUGCCGUUUGAGGAGACCCUACCGGAUAAGAUUGCGGAGAACCCGGCCUGGGUCAGAGUGCUACGGCGGUUGAAAGGCUUACCUCCUACUGCUUCCGCUUCUGCUUCUUCGUCUCAUUCUUCCUCUUCUCCUUCCUUUUCCCAUCCGGGGGAGGAGGAGCACGGGAGUGGUCCUCUCAUGAAUGGGAGCGCAAACGGGGAUGGCGUUACGGAGAAAAGGGGGAAGAAGAAGCAUCCCGGGGUAACGGGAAGGAGGGUGGGGAACUCGGGGAUAGUGGUUGUUACGGGGUUGAAUGGGAUGCAGAUGGGAUCGAUGAGGCGAUCUCGCGGGGACGCGUAACGGCGAGAAGGUUCGAACGAGACCGGUAGGGGGGGAAACGGCCGGGUGGUAGGCGGUACGCGGAUUUGGACUGUUUGCUGGCGUUGCUUUAAUUGGCAUUGGUUGGGGGGAGGGGGGUGGGGAGGGGGUUGCAGCUAAAACGGAGGAUUGGGCACGGAGAUGGGGCUCUGCAUGGUAAGGCGUACUUUGUUUUCACUAUGGAGAGCCGCUGGCUUUCUGUU